AUGUCGAAAAAACCUGAGAGACAGUCGCCCGAGGGGCGACUGCGUCUCAAAACCUCAGGCAAAAGUGCAUGUUCAUCACGCCCCUCCGAGGAAUCCUCAGUUCUGGACGACGCGGACGACAGUCUUGCGGACUUCAAGUCGCCAAAGCAGCCAGCAAAAUCCGCGAUUAAAAUUGUGCGACCGAAGAGACAAAAUCCCUCGAAGAAGUCCUCAAAGGCAAAAGCCGAGUCGCGAACUCGUGGAAAGCAGCAGUUAAUUCCCUCCCUCUUCGCCAAAAAAGAGGCCGAAGAGUCGACAUUCGUAUGCCCCUUGUGCCUGAAGAGCUUCAGCGCCUCGGACAUUCAGCUAUUGCACACGAAGAACUGCGCCCUGAAGAACAACGUCUCGACGACGCGUUUGUUAGCAGCCGUGGAGCUCCAGGAGAAGCAGUCAAUGGAGCGAAAGGCAAUGGGACUGCCCUCGAAGCCAAUGAAUCCCAAACGAAAGGCUCCAGCGAGGAGAUUACCCCCCGGAACUGAUGACCCUGACAUCCAACUCGCCCUGGCCCUCUCCAAAUCCCUGGAGGAAGUCGAGAAGCUCGAGGAGCUGGACGAAGCGAUUGCCCUCGCAGCUGGAACUGAUGACAAAGUUCUGGAGAUGACACGCAGCCAGAGAAGAUCCACUCUGGUCUCCUUCGGCUUCUCUACGUCGAAACCAGCAGCUGAAAUGCCUCGCAAGAAACGAAAAAAAGUCCUGGGGCCAACGAUUCUCCAGAGUAGAACGCUGGAGGUGAGGGAGCAGAUCCUCACCGAGAAGAUUGCUGAAGUUCUCGUGGGCUCAGGGUCCAUCACUCAGCAGAUGAAGGACGGGAAAAUUCCUAAGGAAACCCCAAAAGAACAGAGAGUGAAGAGGUAUGGAAAGCUCAAGCGGUGGUGGAACGAGUCUGCCGAUCUCUGGAGAAGAUCUGAUUGCCAGGGGAACGAAAGGUAUUACGUGGAAGAACUCAGGGAGGCAAUGGGCAUAAAAGAAUUUUGUGAAGAUCUUGGGGCGGAGGGGAAUGAAGAUCUCCUUGAGAAGAUCGGUGGAAGUGGCGAGAGGGAUUUAAACAGCCAGGGGAUCGGUGAAGAUCGUUUGAGUGAGGAUUUUGGGGAUCUGAAGAGCUUUGAUGAAAAAUAUCAGGAAAUUAUUGAAGAGGGUAAAAAUGAAAAGUCAGGGUUUUUGAAGAUCGGUGGAGAUCGGGAGGGAAUUAAAGAGAAUGAAUGUAAAAAUUCAGAUCUUCAAGAGAUCGGUGAAGAUCGUGAGAUUGAAGAGGGGGGAAACAAAAAUUCAGAUCUUCAGAAGAUCGAUGAAGAUCACGACUCAAUUAAUCGCUGGAGUGACGAUUUUGAUGUCGAGAUUAUUGAAGAUCAUAAGAUUGUUGGAGAUUGUGUAAAUAAAAAUGAAGAUCUUCAUACUGCUAUUGAAGAUCGAUGGAGUGAUUUAGAUUUUGAGAAUACCAUCGACGCUAAAAUUACUGAAAAUACGAGCAAUAAAAAUAAAGCUCACGGGAUUGAAGAUCACUGGAGUGAAGAUCUAGAUUUCAAAAAAAAGACAAAAAAUCAUGAAUUGACUGGACACAGCCAUAAAAAUUCAGACUCUCAGAUGAUUGAAGACAGUGAAGAUCUGAAGACCAUCGAGUGUCAAAGGGACAGAGAAAAAAAUUCCAGUUGUGUGGACUGGAGUUCCCGAAAGACCACUGAAGAUCACAAAAGCGUGGAAGGGUCUGAGCGCAAAAAUUCAGAUCUUCAGAAGUCCAUUGAAGAGAACGAAAGGAAGAAUAAUCAGCCUGAAGACCGAAGUGCAAUAAAAAAUCAAGAAAUAAUAAAACAAGAUAAUCUUCAGGCUGAAGAUCUCGAAGUCAAGGCCAUCAGAUGUUUAUCCAACGACUGGAGUAAAAUGGUGGCCAGCAGUUUUCUGAGUGAUAUCGCAAUCUUCCUCAGGGACACGAGCUUCAUCCACGCUCACAGCCUCGUCUUCUGGACGCGCUGUCAUUCCCUGACAGAUGAUUACGAAAUCGUUAAUUUUGAUGACAGAGGCGACAACAAGUGCUUUCCAAUUAAGAAUAAAAUUCACUGGGCGACUGUCGACCGCGAGGCCGCAAUCGUCUUCCUGAAGUACAUAUACUCUGGCCGGAUUUCCCCAGAGGACAUCAGUUCCCAAGACGUUCUAGAUCAGGUGACGUACCUAGGGGAGAAAUAUAAAAUAACGGAAUUAUUGGAAUCUAUAGAUAAAUUUAAAACAAAAGGAGAUAAUCAAUUAAAAAUUAAUGAAUUGAGUAAUCCCCCUGAAAAUUUUUUGAAUUUAUCAAUUAGUGAAGAAGAUUCAGGAGGCAUACGUAAAUUAGAAAAUAUCCUGGGGGAUUCCCAGAGUACCUCAUCCUCAGAUCUCCACGAAAAAUCGACACCUGAACAAUCAAUUAACGAGGAAAAUUAUACUAGUGCCGGAAAAAUUGACGAUAGAUCCCAAAAAUCUGGAAUAAAUUCUGCAAAUACUUCUCCGAGGACAAGAUAUCCACGAAAAUCGUAUGGAGUAAUUGAAAUAAAUUCCUCCCCCGAGGAAUCGCCUCCAGUCGCGGAAGAGAAUUCUCUGCAGGAAUUGGAAAUUUCCCUGAAGAAUUUAAAAUCGAAAAAUAAUUUUGUGGAGACUCGGCGAUUGAACACCACAUCUCCAGACCUGUUCGAUGACUCAGAGCUCUUCGAGGAUCUGCCAGAGGGCUCCCCAAGGGCCUCACCUCCUGGAAGGUCCCCUCAGGUGGUGAGAAAACCUGAAGGGACUCCAGAAAUUUUUCACCUAUCCUCUCGAGCUCCAGACAAAAAAAGCGAAAUGAGUGCUUUCAUCGAUAAAAUUCAGAGACAGCAAGCCCGAGGGCUCCUGGACUCGGACACCGACGGAGAGACUCCAGUGAAGGUCCCCCAGGUGAAGAGAAAUCCCUUCAAAGUCCAUCUAGACGACUCAGACCCCUGGGGACCUAAAAAACCCGGGGAACUCUGUGGGCCAAAAGAUAAAGUGACUCCACUGAGUUUUCUGGAGAACGACGUUCGAGCUCGAGGAGUCGUGAGUCAUGAAGAUGGUCUCCAAGAGCAAGAGGAAGGACUCCAGGAGGACGACGAGGAUUAUGUCAACACCAGUGGAUUCCUGGAAGAGUCCAGAUACAGCAAAUACCUGAAGACCAGGAGAAACAACAGCAUCGACAAAUACAGACAGGCCCUGAUGAAUUCCUGGGGAAAUUCUUCUGAUGCAGAGGAAUCCUGCGAUUCUCCUGGAAUAGAAAACCUCUGUAAUUCCCCUGAUAAAUUAAUCAAUGAUAAAUCCGAAGUGGACGACAGCCAAAUCACCAGAGACGAGUGCUCCCAGUUCAGAAAAUCCCUUUUUGAAAAAUCCCUUGAAGAUCCUGAAACAAAAGUCGAAGAAAAAGGUGGCUCCAGCCUGAGAAUCCCUGAAGACCUGGAGUUCGACACAUGGGAAGGGAAUUCGGCGUUUGAUCCUGGUGUCACGGAGAGGAGUCAUUGGAGUGGUUGUGAGAAUGCCCCAGAGAUGAAGAUGAAUGAAAAUUCAAACCUCAGGGAUUCACCGGGUUCUCCAGAGCGUAAUUCUCUUCCAAGUCCGAUUGUUCUGUCUUCUGAUGAGGAAGUGGCUGAUGUCAUGAACUCCCAGGUGUCGACACACUCCCUAAGUCCGCAAGUCCUCUCCCAGGAUUCUCCCCAGGUUUCGUCCCAGGUUCUCACCUCCCCGAAAACCCCCCUGAGACCGACGCAACAUUUAAAUUGUUUGAAGAGAUCUCGAACUCCUUCUGUUCGCAUUUCCCACACGGUAACUCCACCCCUGGACUAUUCUAGGAUGGACUCCCCAGAAUUACACUCUGAACUGGAUAAAUAUGGAUUGAAGCCCCAGAGAAGAGUCAGGGCGAUUCAACUCCUGGAGCACAUCUACAAUGAACUUCACCCUCUUGUGCCUGUGGAUAGUCUUCCCCAGGAGACGAUCGACAGCGAGAACGAGGAGCCACUGACCAAGAAGAUUAGGCAGGCCAGUGAAUACUCAGAGGGUGUGAUCCCAGAGGAGAUGGAGUUCCAGGAGUCAGAGGUGUCACAGGGCGUUCUCAGUGUUCAGGAGGCAUUCCAGCAACUCCUUAAAAAUGAUCGGAAAUUUCAUGGGAAAAUUCUGGCGUACGAACCACUGCCACUGGAGACCCUCUGCGAGAGACUGAAGGUGGAGGGAUUCUCUGGCAAGAUCAACGACGUCAUGGAUUUUCUCGAUGACGAGUGCAUCACCUUCCAGGUGCAGAUGCAGAAGAGGAACAAAAGGAAAAAUGAGAAAAAUAGGAAAACUACUAAGGCCUGACCCUUGGCAAUAUCUUCGAGGGCCUUUGUGAGUGGUGGGGUGAAGAUUUUGAAGGAACAAUUAUUAUUCAGAACUUCAGAAG